CCUCUUCAACUCAAUACCACACACGUGCGGCUAAAAUUGUUUGUUGAUUUAAAUUUCGGAACCGAAUUAAACCUUAUAAAAUGGGCAAGAAGGAUAAGAACAAGAAGAAGGGCAAGGGAGCCGAGAAGACGGCCAUGAAAACGGACAAAAAGCAGGCGGCUCGGCAAAAGAAAAUGCUGGAAAAGCUGGGCGAAGCUAAUAUUGCGGAUAUUAUCCAAUUGCUGGAGGCCAAGGAGGGAAAAAUUGAAGCCAUCAGUGAAUCCGUCUGCUCACCGCCAUCACCCCGAUCCAAUUUCACCUUAGUUUCGCACCCGGAAAAGGAGGAACUCAUCAUGUUUGGCGGGGAACUCUAUACGGGAACUAAGACUACAGUUUUUAACGAUCUAUACUUUUACAAUAUAAAAAGUGGCGAGUGGAGGGAGCUGAGAUCGCCUUCGGGUCCCACUCCAAGAAGUGGACACCAAAUGGUGGCUGUGGCCAGUAAUGGAGGAGAACUUUGGAUGUUUGGAGGCGAGCAUGCCAGUCCCUCUCAGCUGCAGUUCCACCACUACAAGGACCUGUGGAAAUUCUCCCUGAAAUCCCGCAAAUGGGAAAAGUUAACCGCCCCCAAUGGGCCCAGUUCAAGGAGUGGCCAUCGAAUGACCGUCUCCAAGAAGCGCCUGUUUAUCUUUGGUGGCUUCCAUGAUAACAAUCAGUCCUAUCAUUAUUUCAACGAUCUUCACAUUUUCUCGCUGGAGUCCUAUCAGUGGUUGAAAACUGAGAUCGGAGGAGCUAUUGUACCAUCGCCUCGUUCCGGCUGCUGCAUAGCAGCUUCUCCGGAGGGCAAAAUCUACGUUUGGGGAGGCUACUCGAGGGCCUCUAUGAAGAAGGAGGCGGAUCGCGGAGUAACUCACACGGAUAUGUUUGUUCUGAGCCAGGACAAAAACGCUGGCGAUGCUGACAACAAAUACAAGUGGGCACCCGUGAAGGCAGGAGGAUAUAAGCCCAAGCCUCGCAGCAGUGUUGGCUGCACUGUGGCUGCCAAUGGCAAGGCCUACACCUUUGGUGGCGUCAUGGACGUCGAUGAGGAUGACGAAGAUGUACACGGGCAGUUUGGCGAUGAUCUCCUUGCCUUCGAUUUGACCACUCAGACAUGGCGGUUGCAGGAGAUCCAAGCGAAGAGCAGCGCCGUUGAGAAAAAGGAAUCGGAGGAGAGCAAGGAUGUUGAGAUGUCCGCCGCUCCCGAUAAGCCCAUUACCACCACCACCGAUGGCAUUUUCACGGUUACCGUUGGCGGACCCAGUACGAGUACUCCUUAUGUCUCCCAAAUACCGAGUCUUUUCUCUAAGAAACCAACUCCAACCAAUGUACCAUCGCCGCGCAUGAAUCCAGGCAUCUGCGUUUGCAAGGGCACUCUAUACAUUUUCGGUGGAAUCUUUGAGGAGGACGCCAAGCAAUUGACCUACAACGAUUUUUACUCCCUGGACUUGCAUAAACUGGAAUGGAAGGUUAUCAUCCCCAAUAACUUAAAGGCCCACGACUGGGAGGAUAGCGAUAGCAGCAGUUCCGACGAGGAAUGCAGCGGCGAUGAGGAUAGCUCCAGCGGCUCCGAUAUGGAUACGGAUUAG